AUGUCUCAGCUCUCCAAAUCGGGUCCGGUGGUCAGUAGCCCACGACCGCCAAGCGGCGCAUCCCUCUCACCUGCUGCCCAAACAACGGAAGCGGUAGGUCUUUUUCUCCAUGAGGUGCCCCCGUCACCCAACCCGCUCCCCCCACCGCCCCUCUCCCCUCUGCCGUCCUCGGCAGACAACAACUCGCGUGUGGCGUCCACCGCACCGACGCAGCUUGUGCGUCGCGGCACGUCUUCCGAUUCUCCCUUGUCGUCCGACGACGACGGCGACAUCCGCUCGCGAUUUCUACUCUACAACGCCGCCGGCCGUCUCGUCGGAGCUCGGGAGCCGACGGACCCGUGGGGCGUGCUCGUGUCGGAGCACACCACACUGAACUGCAUCUACAAGCACCGCACCGUCCGCGUGGGGCGCGAGGAAGGCUGCGACGCCACGCUGAGGAACGCGUUGGUGAGCACCACGCACUUCACGAUUUCGCUGGAGCUGGAGCCCUAUGAGCCACACGACGGCAUCAGCGGUAGUAAUGGCGGUGGUCCCACAGAACACGCUGAAGAGGCGGAAAGCACCAAAGGCGGCUCAUUGCAGUCCCGCCCGACGCAAAAGCUGUUACAAGACGCAGACACUGCGACAGCAAGCACCACCGAUGCAAGUCACGUUGUGGAAGGUAGUGAAGAGAGUUCCCAGGAGCGCGGACCGCUGUCCACGUCCACGGCAGUGCCACUCUCGCCACAUGAUGUGGGGCUGCCGGGUUGGCGGGUGCACCGCGUCCUUCUCACCGACUGCAGUGCGAAUGGGACCUACAUUAACGACGAGCUGGUGGGUCGGGGCCACUACCGAAUGCUGCACAGCGGCGACGACAUCAACAUUGUGCGGGUGCCGGAGGCGACGUGUCAAGGCGGGGCUUCUCCUUCCCCUCCCGUGCAGUCCUAUGUCACUGCUCGAAGUAGCAGCAGAGAGUCCGCGGAGGGGGUAGACGAGGAGCCAAGAACGACGCUGGUGGGACCAAAUGAAAAAAGUGAUGAAUUUGCGAACAAGGAAAGUUGGAUUCGACAACGUCGGCGUGCUCUUCGCGAGCUCAACCGCCAACACCCGACAGCGCCCAACGCCACCUCGGUGGCGGCCACCGUGGCAAAGCGACGCCGUCGACGAGCACACGACGGCGGCGAUGAUGACGACGACGAAGAAAGCGCCUCUGCGCAGACAAAAGAGGACCUAGAAAAGACGCAGAUGUUCACGGCGCUUCUUUCCACUCUCUCCACGAAGUACACCUACCUGGAACGGUUCUGCUUUCAUAUGUACAACACGGAGGAGCCGCAGCAGCAACAGCAGCAGCAUGGGACGGCGGCGACGGGAAAUGUGCUGCUCGACCCACGCAACUACACGGCACCGUCAACUCAGCAGAAUUUUGAUGUCGUCGGCAUGGAACGUGGGGAGGAAGGAACGGAACAGGAAACGUGGAACCGCCAGAAAGAGCCGCGAGAGUCGGCGCAGCGCGACACUGCCGUGUUUCCAAAGCCGCUCUCCGUCACGUCUCUGCGCGAAGAAAAGGAAGUGACAACCUCCGUGGCAGGUGUCGCAACGGUGCCGCAUCAAAGGGCUGUUCGCUUCGUUAAUAUUCCAGAAACGGUGAUGGACGUCGCGCAGACAGAGGCCGACAGCGGGAAUCUCGCGAGCUCGGCGCAGUCAAAAGGCACAUCAACCACCGUUGCGGAUGUUGCGUUGCCUCCGCUGCUGCCGUCGUCAAACAGCAGUGGCGCCCUGACAACCCCCGCAGGGCCGCCACGCAAUCUGACGGCACGACAGGAACAAGCAGUCUCUACGUUGGUCACCCCGUUCUCCCUCUUGCGCUCUAGACCGUCGAUUCGCACCAGCUUCAUCGCCCCCAUCACGCUGUCCGAGCGAGAAAGCUCGACGACGUCGUCAGCCGGCUCCGCCGUGCAUCAUCAGCAGCAGGUACAUGCACCGACCUCCUCUACCGCCGCGACACGCUUCCACGAGAGCCUCAGCAUCAGUCCGGCUCUACAGCGCGAAGCGGCUGCGCAGCAGCGCGCUGAUGCACGUCGCGCGCACGAUAACCGCGCUCUCGCUAGCAGCAACGACGGUAACAAUAGGAACACCAAUCGUGCGGAUGUGGGUGGUGCCUUUGGUGGGCUGUUGAAGGAUGGGCCGGCGGACAUACCCAUUCGGUACGCGGUGCUGCCGCUGCGACACCUGCAGUGGGGCGGUCGCAUUGGCUGCGGUGCGAGCGGCGAAGUUUACAUGGGCAUCGACGUGUCCACCGCCACAGCCGUCGCUAUCAAGGUGUUAAAAGGCGGUUCCCUGUUUCCACCGGCCGAGGCGACGAAGGUCAUGUCAACCGCAACCGAGGUCCACGGCGGUGGUGGUGGUGGCGCUGGACCAUCGGCUGAGCAGAGCCCCGCCAUACGCCCUGACGAGGAUACGCUGUUGUCGCUGUCGAACGUGAGCCUCGGCAACACCCCGCCGACCUCCCGAUCGUCGUCGGGGGGCUCCGUGUCCGCCUCGACGGCGCCGGCGACUACCCUCCCCGACCCCUCAUCCUGUACGACAAGUAAAGGGUCACCGUUCGAAGUCAAAGACGGCAAAGGUGAAGACGACGAGGAAGCACCGCCGGAGAAAACAGAAACCGAGAAGAGGACAGCAGCGUCAGCAAGUCGGGCAACGCGAGAGGCAAAGGUCGAUGGGCAGCGAGAGGAAGAAGCAGAGGCCUACGCGAAUGAGGAGUCGGCGCCAUUUGCCGCCGCCGCGACACCCCCCUCCCCGGCAUCUUCCUCGGUCAACAACACCCCGCCAGAGUGCGGACGACGUCCCUCCACAGCGUUGGUCACGUCGACGGGCAGCGGCAAAAGUGUGCUGGCGCCGCAAAAGCAGCAGCCUCAACGUCAACGACAGCGAGAGGGACCGCAGGCGACUCGGCCGUCCGCCCCGCCCAUCAUUCGUAAGCACUUCCGUGAAAUCGUCUUUCUCACCACCCUGCAGCAUCAGCGCAUUGUGCGGUUUCUCGGCUUCCAGUUUAGCGUGGACGGGCGGCUGUGUCUGCUGAUGGAGUACGUGGCGGGGGGCACGCUGCAGACCCUCAUUCGCAACUUCGGCGCCUUCGAAGAAAACGUCAUCCGCCUCUACACGCUGCAGAUUCUCGAGGGCAUGGAGUAUCUCACACGGAAAGGUGUCGUGCAUGGCGACCUGAAGAGCGCCAACAUUUUAGUGUCGGAGCAGGGUAGCGUGAAGCUGACGGACUUUGGCACCAGCCGCUUCGUGCAUGAGUGCACCACAGACGAGCUUCCAACCGAGAAAUCCACUCAUCGCACCGGUGCGUCUCAGCAGCAUACACGUCGUUGUUCCCCGACACACCAAACAGGCAGCAGCGCUCACCACCACGGCGCACAAGGAGAUGGGACAGACGCCAAUGCACCACAGCACAGCGCGUUGCAGGAACACGGCAACGAAGAGGUGGGAGAGGAGGAGAAAGAGCGAAUGAAGCGCCACCGCACCCGCAGUGGCAGCCGAGAUGAGGAAAGCAAGAGGGAGAAGGACGACAACGUCUUCUCGAGGGAGCACAGUGACGUCUACAGCGGCGACGCGGCGGAGGCGGACGAGGAGGAGGACGACGACAACGAGGGCGAUGCGUCGCGACAACGUGUGCUGUGCGGCACGCCGCUCUACAUGAGUCCGGAGUUGAUUCGCACCCAAGAACCGUCCUUCGCCUCCGACGUCUGGGCGCUGGGGUGUGUGGUGUAUGAGAUGGCCACCGGAGGCCUACUGCCGUGGCGGCCCGUACACCAGUCGAACGCCUCCGCCGUGAUUUGGUACAUUGGGCAGCGUCAGUCUGCCAGCGAGGGCCCUCCUUUGGACGACGUGUACGCGGAGCGGGAGCGACUGAACCACGCUGCCAUGCACCGCAGCAGAGACGCGGCAGAGGGUUUUGAGAUGGAGGAAUACCAUCAUAAUAGCGAUGGCGACGAGGAAUCAAAUGAGCAGCAGCACGGCGGUGGUUGGAGUGUGACGCCGUCGCCCAUGCUCAUUGACCUGCUGCAGUGCACGCUGAACAUGGACGCGGCGGACCGCCCGUCGGCCGCCGAACUGCUGCAGCACCCGUUUAUUCGGGGUGAAAACUCAAUCGCAGCGCUCGAGAAGUGGCAUGCGGCGGUGGCGGCCAAGCACCGCGCGCUCGCCGCCAAGUCCGUGCCACAGUCGUUGCGAGGGGGCUUUGAAGAGUACAGCGACGAGAAGACGGGUGGAAGCGAUGACAGCAGCAAUGGUGGCAGACAGAAUGACGACGAACGGAGGCGGUCGCGCAAUAGCACGCGCAGCAGCACCGGCAGCCCUUUCGAAACAGCCGUUCUCGUUUCUGGGAGCAGCAGCAGCGGCACAGCUGCACGGAAGGCCAUUACCCCUCCCCACGGCACCCCAUCGUGGCCGGCACAGACCUCCGUCUCGCCCUCACAGCACCUGCCGCUUCAGCAACGGCAACGUGUUGAGGAGCUCGUAGAUGUUGACGUAGGCGGUUGGGAUGUGAAGAGGAAGGAUGACACGGACGACCCGCACUCCUCCCACGCCCUCGCCGACCAGAGUAAGCAACGGGAGGGACGUAAGAGUCGAUCCUCCUCCACCACGACAUCACCGCCGCCGUCCCUGUCCGCGCCGCCGCAGCCGACCCCGUCUAUUCUCGUGAAGCCGUCUGCAUCUCCGCCUCCCGGUGGCAGAGUUAAGAGCAGCACCGGCAAAAGCAACACGCCAACGUCGUUUUUUCUGGGUGAUUCGUGGGAGAAGGUCAAACCGCUCUCCCUGGUCUCUGGCGCACCCGCACCGCCCCCUCCAACUGCUGCUCCCCUCACGCCGUUGCACCCGCAACAGGAGGUGCCCCAGAGCAACAACGCAGAGAGGCCGUCUGUUCUCGGGGAGGGCAAUCCCGAUUCUCAGCCCCUCAUCGACGAACCCCCGCACCCCACUGAGGCCACUGGCCGACGCACCGGCUUCUGGGGAAAAAUUGGACGGCGCGACAACGCACUGCCAAGCGGCACGGCGGAGUCUACGCAGGUGCCGCCACCGCUGCCGUUCAGCUCCACCGCCUCUCCCUCGCCGCAGCUGCCUCACGCGUCCUACAGUGGCGGCAAUCUGCCUGCUCAGCCGAUGUCGCAACUGUUCUCUAGCACCGCCCCUCAGUUCAAAGUUCCUCUUCCACGCUCGCAAACGCACGCCUCUCCCGGCAUAAGUCAGCAGCAGCAGCAGCAUUAUACCGCACCCUCUUCGCAGCCGAGUGACAACUUUCCGCGCUCCAUGAUAGCCGCACAUCAGAUAUUUCUACGCAAAAAGGAGCAGGAACGACGCAGUUCUUCGCUGGCUCCGCUGCAGCCAUCGCGGCAGCUACGCGGUCGCCCACGCACGGAAGGCUGGCUGCCAACCUACAACACCGCCACGCAUCAGUCGCAGCAAGGCUCGGUGCUGGGAAGUUCGCGCGGGUACAGCUUCCAAAACCCACAGCUGAGCACGCAAACCAUGGAGAUGCACGUGCCGCUUCGAUUUGCUAGUCAGCCGACCCCGAGUGGGUCUGGACGAUAUCGGCAGCAGCAACAGCAGCACGGCAACUCACACGGUGGUAAACGGAAAGCACGUAUGGGAGGCGCCACGGCGAGUCAAAAUCAAUCCUCGCAAAACACGCAACAACAGCAGCCCUUCAACGCCCCGCGGCACAAGUCGUGGAAUGUGAAUCCGAACGCGAAACUAAACAAUUACCAGGACUAUACGAGUGGUGGCGGUGGUGGCAGCGUGGUACCUAAUGCAGCGGUGGAAGGGACUAAUCUGUCGAGGAACGACAUCGCAACGGCGCGCUCUCCACGCGGGCCGAGGCCACAGUCAGACUCGGUGCUGGGAGGUAACACGGACAGCAACAGUCGCAGCGAUCCGCAGCACGCAAACUACCUUCCGCCGCAGAUGGGCUUGGCAUGGAAGCCCGGUGAGCUGACGCUGGAGAUGGACAGGAUGACGUUGAACUCACCGCGCACGGGUGCCACUCCUGCGUCUGCGUCCGCGUACGCAGGGUCUGUUCUACAAGGCGCGCGCUUUGUGAUGCCCAGCAGCGGCGGCGGCGGCGGCAGCAGCAAACACAACAACAUAAGCAACGGGGUGAUGUUGACGCCGGCACAGCAGCCGCAGAUGCAAGCACCCGGCUCACCCGCCUUCAGUAGCGGCGGCAACAUGGCUCCCAACAAUCCGGCCUCGCCUCUCGUCUACACCACGAAAGACACGACACCGGUGUUGGGCGAGGGCAGUCGUCCGCGGCGGCACUUUCUCGCACGUCGCAGGCGUGGCGGACGUCGAUCGAGUCAGGAACGGCGACAGAACCUCGCCGCCGCACAAGUCCAUCAGGGACUGACGGAAGGGCCGGCACCACGACGCUCCAGCAUUGGCAGUCUGCGUCAGCGAAGACGCGGAAACGGCAGACAGGUCAAUCAGCACGGUGCUUUUGGACGACAGGGUGAUGGUGGUGGUGGUGGAGACGGUGGAGGGCGUAGUAAUAAUAAUAAUAAUAAUACCAGUGGGGUUUUCCAGCAGACGAAUUCUGAAGGCAAAUCAGCAGUUCUGCCAUCACCACCGCCACCGCUCGACACAGCUCCGACGCCGUCCGUUCGUGCGGAGGGGCAGCGCAAUACGGCGCAGAGGGCAUCUCCUGACAGCUUUUCUGCAACUGCGUCCAGCGGACAGGCGCAAAGCAUGAAGAGGGGCGAGCGUCAAGGCGUCACUCGGUCCCGUUCUUCGUUGCGAGGUAGGAAUGCCGCGAAGCAGGCUCCUCGUGAGCGUUCGAAGAGGGGUAAGUAG